CUUAUAUUUUUUUUCAUAUCCAUGCGUUUUCUGAGGGAAUUAGUAUAAUUUUUUAUAAUUCCACUAAAUUUCAGUUAGAAUCGUUUCAUUAAAAAAGCAAAACUUAACAAAUAAUUAUAAAAACCUUACAAAAAUUUGAGACACGUUCGUCCGAAAAAUGGUUUUUUGGGCCAGAGUACAGGAAGACUCUUGUUAAGUUGAUAAAAAAAACACUGAAAAUCGGGAUUUAAUCGGUACAAAUAUGAAAAAUCGGCACACUUACACGUCCCGACCUUUUAAUUAAUUAAGCGAGACAAUUUGCUCAAAAUCCGUACUGUCCCCACAAAAUCGUUACGGAUGGUCACCGUAAUAUAUAAUAAUUAUAUUUUGGCGCAUACAUUUAUGCUAUAUGCGUAUGUAAGUAUUAUAUUAAAAUCUAAUAAUUGGAAAAGGUUGAGUUGUCACUUAAACCAUAAAUAAAGCUGUUGAUUUCAAGUUAAUUAAUCUGUAGUUUAACUAAUCUUUUUGUACACAUUUUUAGGAUAUUCCGGCAUUCUUUGAAUUAUGCGUUAAAUAGCUUAACGCAGAAGGUAUUAACUUGUUAACUUUGUUCGUCGAUGCAUUCACAAGCUCGAGCGAGAAUGGCCUCAGAAAAUAUUUAUGAAGCAAACAGAGGUACUGAUGAAGAAAGCAAGUACGCUUCGAGUACCGAUAGCAAAUGCAUGAAUUAUGGUUUGAAAUCGAAACUAAUUGCACCAUAUUCACCUAUAUACGAAAAUGUAAGACCCGAUUUGAUUUCCGGACAAAAGAUAUUAUUAAGAAAACUAUUUCAAACUAUCGAGAAACCGGAUACCAUAUACGAAAAUCUGUGUCGAGGCUGCGGAUAUGGAGUUUUUGAAGCGAGUAGUUAUUUGUGUAACUUUUGUUCAUGCAUUGUUGGAGGGCUCAAAAAUAAUCAGUUACAUCAUUUGACAGAAGUCAACCAAGUCUAUGUUAAUACCGGUGAGAAUAUUUAUGAAAAUGUUUGCUCUAAAUGCUCUGCUUUAUAUAAUACUGAUGAAUGUGAGACUUGUUCCGCCGGAGAGAGCAUAAUAACACCAAAUGUUUACGAACAAAAAAAAUUGGCAAAUGAAAAUUUAAAAGAUACCAAUAUUGCCUUAAAAAUAUCAAAAUCGAAAUCUUUUCAUAAGUUUGAUAAGCAAAAACUUUUUAAUGGUCUUUUCGGAUCGCUUAAGAGAGGUGUAAAAACCAAACAAAGUUUUCCAGACGGUCAAAGGCAGGGGAGUAAGAAGCCAAGGCAACUUGAUAUAGUCCAUCACGUUGAAGGAUACGAUAACAUUUUUCGUACGAAGGAAAGUUUCGAUUUACAAAAGAUAUGCCAACUGAAACAAGCUCAUAAACUUUGCGCAGAUAUUUCGUAUAGUGACGAACAUAUUUAUGGUCGGCUUAAGUAUAGCAAAAACAAAGCCAACGACAUCACUAACGUAGCUAAAUUGCAUAUGCCGUUGUCAAAAUCCCAAGAACUAUUACCGGUAUCUGACAAUGAUUCCAUGUACUUGAUAAACAACACCGGCAACCAAUCAACGUCGUCAAUUCCAAAAGCAUUCAGCUCUUCCUGGAUGAAAUUACAGAUUUCUAAACCACUGCGCAUUCCAGAUAACCUCCCUAUUACCCCGAGCAAUAUAAAGCUGACGUUGCCAUUGUCGAACAGUGUUUGCUACUGGAUGAAAUUAUUACGUAAGCAAAUCCAUAGUUAUGACAGUCAUACUAGUGCGGACUAUGCUUCGUGCAUUCCGAAAAGUAUUCCUCCAAAAAGCGCUAUAAUGUAUAAUUAUUACGCCGCUAGUUCAAGCAUCAACGAUUGCUAUGUGAAGGUGUUUCCCCCUUGUUUAGCACAAACGAUGACUAAUUUUCCAGUCACUGAUAAAAAAGGCGAACUCAAAUAUGGAACGUUUACGAAUAAAGUAAAACCACAAACUGAUUCCAGUAGCUAUAUUGCUGGCGAGCAAAUGGAAAGCUGUUUUGAUGUAAUGGUGGACGUAUUUAAGCAAAAUGUUAUGACAAAACAAAUGCUCUAUCAACAGAGAGAGUCUCAACCAUCUGUUGAUCAUUCCAAUAUGCUCAGCGCAAUCGCCACACCAAAUCAUCUAAUACGAUCAGUACGACAACGAGCAAAAAAACAAAAAAUGUGUAUUCACAACGAAAACAAUGCUGCUUUUGAUCGCCCUGCUGAGCGCAGUCCGAUUUCAGUAAUGAAUUCUCCUCAAGUACUCUCAACAGUUGCCGCUGAAAUAUACUUAGCUAGUUGUUGCUCAACCUGCAAUGCGAGCGAAGUGAAGAAUAAUUGUUGCGGCUGUUUGAAUGUGGUCGAUGACGUUCCUCGAUUAUACGACUCUGAAUUCCAGUCCCAAACGGUGGCUUCGAUUGGAAAAUAUGAAAAUAAAACAACCAAAACGCUACUAAAAACAGAAACGAUUGACGCGUAUAACAGUGCUGUGGGAUGUGAGACUCACGAAGAGCAUGAGCAAAUUUAUACUUCGAGUAAUACCAAUGUGGACGACAUUUUAGAAAAAAUAUUGUACAUGCAAAAUAAAGCUUGCUUAAAGCUUAAUUUACUGCAUUUAUUAAACAGUGUGUUGAUAUCUUAUAGCCUUAACACCAAAGUGUUACAUGCGUGCUCCAAUCGAUGUCAGUACUUUAGUUGGUUACAAGAUUGGUUACUUUAUUAUUAUAACCCAUGGAGCUUGAACGCCAAUCGUGCUUUGAAAGUGCUUGCUAAUUAUAACAGCCUUAAUAUAGCGUUUAAAUUAUGGUAUACACUGUAUGAGUCAGUAGCGCGACAAAAAAAAAUGUUGAAAGAUGAUAAACAAGAGACGAGUGAUUGUAUUGGUGAAGCUCCGACUAGCACACCAAAUGCACAAGUUAUGAAAUAUAGUCGUAUGACAUUGCAGUGCGAAUCAGAAAACGUCGAUGUUUUUGAUGUGAAAGAGAGUGAAAAAUUUAUUGUGAGAAAAAGUGAGGGUAUAAAAAGCUCAAUGAAAACCAACGAAGAAGUAGUGUUGCGUGCAAAGAGCAAAGAAUCUUUGGAAAGAAAUAAAAAAGCUCAAGGGAAGUUUUUAGAUCUCGACACUCACGUAGUUGGGUUAAUUGACAACGAAUCAAAGCCAAAUUAUGAUAAGAAUUUAGAAGGUGAUUUGGAAACAUUAGACGGGGAACUUAGUCACACGAAUGCUCCGCAUGGGGCUCUUGUAUCCAAAGGGAAUCAACCCAUAAAUACCAGAAACGAGUAUUGCCAUCAACGAAGUGAGGAAGAUAUUUAUCAACCCAUUUGGAAGUUCCAAACUGUUGGAGAACCUCAUGAGCCCUAUGACAGCGAUUCUGAAUAUUACGAUGCGAACAGCGGGCAUACAAGCUUGUUAAAAAACGAGCAAUUUCAAUUAAAUGACUCGUCAACAUCACACAUACUUAUUGCUGACAGUGUGGAAGAUCAAGGCGAGUGGGAGACAGAUGACGAAUUCAAGUUCUCAAAAAUUAACGACGGAUUUUACCUGGCCGAAGACACAAUAUCGUCACAAACGUCAUGCAGUGCUGCCUCCCUGUGUAGCAGCACAAAUACAAAUUUUGAUAGCAAUGUUGCAAAUCUCUCUGCCUCAGCGACCGUUAAUUUGGAGCAUCCUCAUCUGCGUACAGUGUGCAUUUUUUUCAGCCCAAGUGAGCCCAAACUUCGUGCUAUCGUUUAUGACUAUAAACGUACUCAAGCAUCACAAUACUUUUCAAAACGCUCACAAAAACAUUCAUUCAUUGAGAAAACGAGCAAUUUUUCAUCAAUAAAUCAUGCAGUGGACAUUCCGUCAACACAAUCAAAAGGUUCAACUAGCCCAUCAGCAACCACGGCAAAACCUGCGUGUGAUAGAGCACUAUCAACAUUUAACAUGACAUCGGUGAAGGCGUGGAAACUCAGCCUUUUAAAUACUGCCAACGCAGACGAUGAAGAAGAUUUGAUCGUUUCGGAAUUUGAGAUUUUGAAAGCGCAAAUCUUUAAGGAGGAACCCGAAAAUCAGACUUCACCUCCAAAAACAGCUACUCUACAACGUUUCAAAAGCGCAUCAUUUGGUAAUCUUUUGGAUAUACCCACUGAAGAUGACAAGAAAUCUAUUACUGAACGUAUGCGUAACAAGUUGCAACGAGGCGUCUUCAAGCUGAAUAUGCGUUCGCCAAAGGGCGAAAAAAAACAAAAUGGCAUCUUUCGUCCAGUAAAAACGGAAAGUUUGUACUUGGAAGGAGGAAUUCCGCCGGUGUUUCCAAUAUUCGGUGCUUCACUUGAGGAAUUAGAGAUGAAUGAAUCAAUACACCCAAAUGUGCCGCGUUUUGUUGUGGACUGUGUGUCUUACAUCGAACGGAAAGACUGUAUAUUACAAGAUGGAUUAUACCGAGCAUCCGGCAACAAAUUGGCUAUAGAUGACCUAAAGAAAAAACUUUCCGAAAGCUAUAUUUAUGACUCAAAACUUUUAGUCGCUGAUGACAUACAUACUAUCACCAGUUUAUUAAAGCAAUUUUUCCGUGAACUGAGCAAACCUCUGAUUCCUCAGCAUAUAUAUGACCAAAUUGGACGCAAUGUAUCUGAUGUUGUUGGUAUUGAGAUAAUACGAGAUAUUCUUGAAAAGAUUCCCGACCCCAAUCGUGCAACAUUGAAGUUUCUUAUACGACACUUGAAAAAUGUCGCUGCUUUUAGUGUGGAAAAUCGAAUGCCUGCGUCGAAUUUGGCGAUUGUUUGGGGCCCGUGCAUAUUUUCAUCUAACCAAAUGAUAUUUGUUGACAUUGGUCGAAUGAAUACAUUAACUAAACUGUUAAUUGAAAAUUACGAAUACAUAUUUAGAGAAAAUGAACGGCUAGUUAAUUAAGCAAGUUUUACGAAUCUUUAUUUAAAAUAAGUAGAAUGGCAACCAAAAAAUCACUUGUCGAAACAUGCUGACACAUGUAUGUGCAUGCAUAUCGCAUGUGUAUG